CUAAAGUUUCAAUAACCAUGGCAGGUUUUAACUCAAACUCGUGUACUUAUCCAAAUUGUGGUAGAAAAUAUUCAAAUUUACCCGAUUUGAUUUAUCACAUCGAAGAUGAGCACGUUGAUUUUAGUCCGGAAACUCUUUCAGCGGUGGAAAAUUCGCAACCGACGUACGUCCCGAUGAGUUAUAUUUUGAAAUUUUCCACGUUACAUCCUAAAGAAAAACAUUCCGAACCAAUUGCAAGUUUACGACAAGAAAAUCAACUUUUAAUGGUUGAAUCGGAAACUUCAUCGACCGAUUCAUCCGAGUCAAAUUUAAAUUAUCCAAAAGACCCGAACGAUAUAAGUAACCAAUUUAGAGAGGACCCAUCGAGUAUUAAACGAUUAAUUUGUUUGAUUCCUAAUUGUAAUAAAAGAUACAAAACCAUUAAUGGUAUCAAGUACCAUAUUAAAAAUUGUCAUGAGAAGAAGUUGGAGCCGAAAAAGAUUCACAAAUGCCACUGUGGAAAAUCGUACAAAACUCAACACAGUUUAAGAGCUCACAAAACGAAUCAUUACGAAGUACCAAGAUCGUUAUCUCGUAAGAUGUCUCAAUGUGAAAUAGCUGGAUCUAAUGGUUAUUUUCAUGAAGCUCCCAAAUUGCCUAGUUUUAAGGGGUGUUUUACUAAAAAUGCACUUACAUUUAACCAAACAGAUAAAAAAAUAAGUGAUCCAUUUAUUUUUCAACAUCCAAGAGAACCAACGUUUGAAGCUGGAUCUUCAAAAAUGGAUCAAUAUACUAAUGAUCCAUAUUUAGGUUAA